AUGUCGCGCGCCGCCCCCCCCUCUGACCCUCGCGACGCCGGCACCGUCGCUCACGGCCCCGCGAUCGCCUGCGACGGCCCCGCCGUCCCCUCUACCGGCCCCUCCGCUGCGCUUGACGGCCCCGCCGUCCCCUCUGCCGGCCCCGCCGCUGCGCUUGACGGCCCCGCCGUCCCCUCUGCCGGCCCCGCCGCUGCACCCGACGGCCCCGCUGUCCCCUCUGCCGGCCCCGCCGCUGCUUCAGACGGCCCCGCCGCUGCACUUGACGGCCCCGCCGUCCCCUCUGACGGCCCCGCCGCUGCACCUAACGGCCCCGCCGUCCCCUCUGACGGCCCCGCCACUGCACCUACCGGCCCCGCUGCUACCCCUGACGGCCCCGCUGCUGCAUCUUCAGGCCCCGCCGUCUCACCUGCCGGCCCCGCUGCUGUACCUGACGGCCCCGCCGCUUCACCUACCGGCCCCGCCACUACCCCUAACGACCUCGCAGCUGCAUCUCCCGGCCCCGCCGCCCCAGCAACUGCACCACCCCAGCAGCCGAGCCGCCCCAGCAGCCGAGCAGCCCCAGCAACCGAGCUGCCCCAGCAGUCGAGCCGCCCCAGCAGCCGAGUCGCCCCAGCAGCUGAGCCGCCCGAGCCGCCCGAGCCGCCGAGCCGCCCGAGCCGCCCAGCAGCCGACCCGCCGAGCCGCCCGAGCCGCCCGAGCCGCCCGAGCCACCCGAGCCGCCCGAGCCGCCCGAGCCGCCUGCACUGCCCUGUCUGUGUCCUCACCUUCGACGCUGAGGGCAGAGCCAUCGACUUUGACGUGUGGGUAGACGACCUGCUGCUUUUCCUACAGUGCGACAGAGCUGACGGCCUCUCUCUCUUUGAUCUCACUUCUGGUGCCUCUCCCGCCCCUGGUGCUACUGAGGAUGCCACUGUUCGCUCACAGUGGGCCACACGCGAUGCUGCUGUACGUCUUGCUGUGCGUCGCCACCUCCCUCCCUCUGAGCGUGCACACUUUGGGUCGUACAAGAGUGCUCAGACCUUGUACGACGCCGUUAUUGCACGCUACUCCACCCCUGCCACUGCUGCACUGAGCCGCCUCAUGCUACCGUACCUCUUUCCCGACCUUGCUUCUUUUGCCACAGUCGCCGACCUCAUUACCCACCUGCGCACUAGUGACGCUCGCUUCCGCGCUGCGCUUCCUGCUGAGUUCUGCGCCAAGAACCCCCCCCCCCAGUACUUCACUCUCUACUACAUUGUCACCCGCCUCCCUGACUCCCUCCGCAGAGUCAGGGACGACUUACUCUCAGUCUGCCCCACCACUCUCACUGUUAACCUCCUCGAGAAGUCCCUCCUAGCAGCCGAGAAGAGCAUUCUCGCUGUAGGGGCCUCUCGUGGUGACCCGCGCACCCCCAUCUUUGAGGGGUGUUCCCCCUCCCCCCUCCUGCCCUCUGUCGCCUCUGCUGCUACGGCCGACCUAGUUGGUUUUGAGUCGGUCGGUGCGCCGUCUGCCCCCAGUGGGAGACGUCGCUCUAGCAAGGGCAAAUGGGGCAGGAGCGGUGGUGGAGGCGGCGGGGGCGGUGGGAGCGGCGGUGGAGGCAGCGGAGGAGGUGGGGGUGGUAGCGGGAGUGGUGUCGGGAGUGGAGGUGGCAGCGGCGGCAGUGGAGGCGGGGGUGGCAGCGGCGGUGGUGGUGGGAGUGGAGGCGGAGGCGGCGGUGGCGGCAGCGACGGUGGGAGUGGCGGUGGCAGCGGAGGUGGUGGCGGCGGCGGCGGAGGAGGUCGUGGCUCAUCGCAGAGGAGUGGCUCCGGUGGCGGUCAGCGCCAACAGCAGCGGCAGCAGCGUGGUCAGGAGACCCUCUCCCCGCAGCAGCUCCGUGAGUGGUACGCUGCACGUCAGAGGAGUGGGGGUACUGGUCCGUGCACCUACGUCCUGCGCAUGGGCGACCGUGCGGGUGAGCCGUGUGGUGGUCCACACCCCGCCCAGCGCUGCUUCGGCCGCCUGACUGACGCUUGGCGCCGCCAGUUUCCUGACGCCUCUGAGAUCCCUCGCUCGGACCAGCUGUCUAGGGCAGGAGUAGCUAUCUUUGAUCUUGACUUUGAUGCGAUUCUUGCUGCCAUGUAUGCUGUGACCAUUAGUGAGGAGGGUGACUGUUACCGGUGUUUCCCGCCCGACCCGGGCAUUGGUACUGCGGCUCUAGGUGCUGUUGAGGCUGCUGCUCCAAGUGCUGGUGAGGCUGUCGCUCUAGGUGCCAGUGAGUCUGUGUCCUCAGGUGCUGGUGAGUCUGCUCUCUCAGGUACUGCGUCGGCUCCGCCCUCUCUCACCUUCACUCUUGACUCAGGGGCGUCUCGCUCCUUCUUUCGAGACCGCACCAUACUCACGCCGCUUAGUCGGCCAGUGGCGGUCUCCCUGGCGGACCCCUCUGGGGGUCCUGUUCUGGCUCGCUACUCCACUGUCCUGCCGUGCCCUGCAGUCCCGUCUGGCGCCCUGUCCGGUCUCUACCUCCCCUCGUUCUCUACGAACUUGGUGGCGGGUGCUGACCUACAGGAUGCAGGGGUCGACCAGUUCACCCCUGCACGCCGACGGGACACCCACUGCACGGACGCGGACACGGGUCGACACUUGACCACGUUCACACGUGGGCCGGGGUCGAGCCUGUACACACUCACUGUUCCGUCUCCUCCUCCUGCGUCUGGUCAGGUAGCUGCGUCGGAUCAGGUGUUUGCUGCAGCGUCCAGGUCUGGUCCUGAGUCUGCCCCCUGCUCGUGUCGCCUCCUGUCCCACGAGACCCUCCUGUGGCACCACAGGAUGGGUCACCCCUCCCUGCCUCGUCUCCGGGGCAUGGCCUCUCGCCUUCUUGUCUCUGGCCUUCCCCGGUCCCUCCCUCCCCUUCCUCAGGGGCCUGUCCCUCCCUGUGUUCCCUGUGUCGAGGGUCGCCUGCGGGCUACCCCUCACUCCUCCCCGUUUCCUCUGACGGAGGCUCCGAUGCAGACGCUUCACAUGGACGUGUGGGGCCCAGCCCGCGUCCGUGGACAGGGUCACGAGCGCUACUUCCUGCUGGUGGUUGACGACUACUCGCGUUACACCACGGUCUUCCCCUUGCGCAGCAAGGGUGAGGUCACUGAGGUGUUGAUCGACUGGAUCCGCGCAGCUUGUCUCCAGCUCAGGCGGAGCUUCGGCUUGGACUUUCCUGUUUUGCGUCUGCACUCGGACAGAGGCGGAGAGUUCUCCUCCGGCCUUCUGCGAGCCUACUGUCGGGCACGAGGCAUCCGCCAGACCUUCACGCUUCCGGACUCUCCACAGCAGAAUGGGAUUACUGAGCGCCGCAUCGGCAUUGUCAUGGACGUCGCCCGUACGUCCAUGGUGCAUGCAGCUGCCCCCCAUUUUCUGUGGCCGUUUGCGGUUCGGUACGCCGCACAUCAGAUCAACCUUCAGCCCAGGGUCUCCAGACCGGAGACCUCUCCAGCUUUGCUGUGGACGGGAAAGGUUGGCGAUGCGUCGGCGUUCCGUGUCUGGGGAUCUCGGGCGUUUGUCCGCGACUUGUCUGCGGACAAGCUGUCCCCUCGUGCUGCUCCUUGCGUCUUCCUGGGUUUCCCCCCUGACGCACCUGGGUGGCAGUUUUACCACCCCACCUCUCGUCGUGUUCUGUCCUCCCAGGACGUCACGUUCGACGAGUCGGUUCCCUUCUACCGGCUCUUCCCCUACCACACUCCGUCCCUCCCCCCCCCGCCCCUCUUCCUGGUCCCAGGUCCCCCCCCGGUAGACCCCCUCCCCCCUCAGGGUCCUGCCCCUUCAGGUGUGUCUCAGGUAGACGCGGUCGAGCCUGUCGAGGUCACUGGUGACUCUGGUGCUGCUGCGGGUGCGGAGCCUCGGGGUGCUGAGACUGGGGGUGCUGAGACUGGGGGUGCUGAGCCUUGGGGUGCUGAGACUGGGGGUGCUGAGCCUGGGGGUGCUGUGCCUGGGAGUACUGUGCCUGGGGGUGCUGAGCCUGGGGGUGCUGAGCCUGGGGGUGCUGAGCCUGGGGGUGCUGUGCCUGGGGGUGCUGAGCCUGGGGGUUCUGCGUCUGGGAGUGUUGCGCCUGCUGCUUCUGUUCCUGGUGGUUCUCCAGACCGGUCUUCGCGACGCGAGCCGCUCUCUCCUCUGGAGCUGCGUGAGUGGUUUGCCCGGCGCUGGAGGCGAGCUGCUGGAGCCGAAGGUACUGCGGGUGCUGGAGGUUCCGUUGCUGCCGAGGGAGCUGGUACCACGGGUCCCGGAGGUGCUCGUACUGAGGGUACUGGAGCUGCCGGGCCCGGGGGUGCCUCUGGAGCUGGAGCUGCUGCGGGUGCUGGCGCUGAGGCUACGACUGUCGGUCCUACUGCGGGUACUUCUGCAGCUGCUGGUGGUGCUGGAGUUGGAGCUGCUACUGGUGCUGGUGCUGCCUCUGGAGGUGUUGGUGCUGUCCCUGCUGUCUCUGGCGGUGCUGCGCGGCCUCGGCCGUACUUCGUUCAGCUCCUUCAGCAGGUUGUUGGUCUCCCGCCUUCCACUGGUCCUUCUCCUCCCGUAGAGUGUCCGCAGCCUGUCCCGUCACAGUCACAGUUACAGCCCGCCUCUCCCCUGCCUUCUCCUUCUCCCUACGCUGGUCCUACUGGAAGUCUUGCUGAGCGUCGUGAGCCUGCGUCCCGCCCUGCGUCGCCAGUCCGAGCUGCUCGCUCUAGUGGUCGCGGUUCGCGUCAGCGUCCUCCUUCUGUCCGUGGCACACACCAGAUGUCUCUGCGUCCGUCCACUGCUCCUCUGCGUGCCCCUUUGCCUUCUCCUCCUCAGUCUUCUCUUCCUACACUUGCCGACCCGGAGUCCGACUCUCGCCGUGCUGCCAGUCCUACUGUCACGCGUCUUCUUGCUUCUCUUGUCACUGGCCCUUCCUUUGAGUCCGCUGCUGCGUCUGCCCUACUUGCUGAGCUGGUCGACUUUGCUGCUGCGUGUCGUCUGGACUACGCUGCCAGUCUUGUUGCUGAGUCUGCUGAGUCUGCGUCUGCGUCUGCCUGUCCUCCGUCCGUCGGGGCUGACUGUGCUCUUGGCACGGACGUCCUUGAGGACAGGCAGGAGGAGUUCCAGUGCUUUGCCGCCGCUUUGCCCCAUCUCGUGUCCAUGCUUGUUGCCCUUGAGGGAGACCCGGAUGCUCUAGACCUCCCGACCCCACGCUCUUACGCAGAGGCGAUGGCCGGUCCCUACUCCUCUCAGUGGCAGUCAGCCAUGGACGCAGAGAUGGCUUCCUGGAAGUCCACAGGCACCUACGUUGACGCUGUCCCCCCUCCUGGGGCGAACAUCGUCAGUGGCAUGUGGAUCUUCAGGGUGAAGCGGCCGCCGGGUUCUCCGCCUGUCUUCAAGGCGCGUUACCGUGACUACGAGCUACACUCUCUUGACUUCAGCACUGCUUUCCUGCAGGGCCGCCUGCACGAGGAGAUCUGGCUGCGCCGCCCUCCUGGCUUCACUGGGUCGUUCCCUCCUGGUACCCAGUGGAGCCUCCGGCAGCCAGUCUACGGUCUCCGCCAGGCGCCGCGUGAGUGGCACGACACACUGAGGACUACACUUGCGGCUCUUGGGUUUGCUCCUUCUACUGCUGACCCGUCGCUGUUUCUGCGCACCGACACCUCGCUGCCGCCGUUCUACAUCCUCGUGUACGUCGACGACCUGGUGUGUGCCACUGCGGACACUACCGCACUCGCCCACGUGAAGUCCGAGCUGCAGAAGAGACACACGUGCACAGACCUGGGUGAACUGACAAGCUAUCUUGGCUUGCGGAUCACCCGGGACAGAGCAUGCCGGACCAUUACCCUGACUCAGUCACACAUGGUGCAGCAGGUCCUUCAGCGCUUCGGCUUCACGUACUCCUCGCCUCAGUCCACUCCUCUGCCUACGGGACACUCGCUCUCAGCUCUGCCUUCGGAUGAGUCCGUAGAGUCGAGUGGUCCGUAUCCAGAGCUUGUGGGCUGCCUCAUGUACCUGAUGACUUGCACUCGACCUGACCUCGCAUACCCUUUCAGCAUCUUAGCACGCUAUGUUGCUCCCGGCUGUCACCAGAAGGAGCACAUGGAUGCAGCUAAGAGGGUGUUGCGCUACUUGUGCAGUACGUCGGGCAUGGGGCUAGUGCUUGGAGGGCGUGAGCGGCCUGUGCUCACUGGGCACUCAGACGCUUCUUGGGCUGACGACCAGGCUACUCAGAGGUCGUCUCAGGGUUACACCUUCAGUCUUGGCUCUGGCUCUGUCUCUUGGCGCUCUACUCGCUCUUCUUCGGUUCUCAGCUCCAGCUUUGAGGCUGAGAUCUACGCCACGGCCAUGGCUGCCCGGGAGCUUCGCUGGCUCACCUACCUGCUGACUGACCUUGGAGAGCGGCCUCGUUCUCCUCCAGUGCUGUACGUCGACAACAAGGCAACCAUUGCCUUGUGUGAGGAGCACAGACUGGAGCACAGGACGAAGCACAUUGCUCUGCGCUACUUCCUUGCUCGAGAGCUGCAGCAGCGUGGUCAGCUUCGCCUGCGUUUCGUGGCCACUGAGGCCAACACUGCUGAUGUGUUCACCAAGGCACUUCCGCCUCGUGACCAUCAGCGCUUUUUCACUCUGCUAGGCCUUGUGCCCACUGGGCCUCACUUGCUUACCUCUUGA